AUGUCGUCGUUCAUUAAAGAUGAUCCUCGCCGUUCCAACAAAAUUCAUCGAUAUAGGCCUCCUGAAAUGAUAGGAGAUGCAUACAUUGAGCUGGUUAAUCUCUUUGGAUUAGUUAUGACAAUUGGCGGUCUUUGGCUUCAUAGCAAAUUCUGUUCGUGGAUCGCCGUCUUUUGCGCGCUCCUUACUAUCACUAACUCUCGUUCUUCUGACGAUAUUAAACAGUUAAUUACAAUGACCCUCUUUGCCGCCUCUGUCCUUGUUAUGUCUUAUUACCAAAAUCCUACGCCUCUGUCGCUUAUGUAA